UCGAGUGUAGCUGAUAACAGAAGUGGUUUUCUUGCUAGCACAAAAAUUAGAAUUUGCCUCUAUACUUGUGGUAGCUGUUGAUUAUCUCUAGCCUACAUAGGCCAUCAAAAGAAAAAUUUGGAGAUCUUUCAACACCAGGUGUUCUGAAGAAUUCAGCUGCCAUAUAGGUCCUUUCUGUCCUUUCAGAAUGCUGCCAAAGAGGACAUGCCUGCUUUUGCUGUUGCUUUCAUCAGUGCCAGGAGUUUUGUGUGGUCUUCUGAUUGGAGCCUUCAAUAUAAAGUCGUUUGGAGACUCUAAAAUGUCUAAUGCAACUUUGGCUGAUAUAAUUGUGAAAGUUGUGCAGAGAUACGACAUCAUACUAAUACAGGAAGUGCGAGAUGCUGAUCUGACAGCCACCAACAGCCUAAUGAAGAAACUGAACAGUGACCCUGCACAUGUUUAUCAGCAUAUUGUGAGUGAACCCCUGGGGAGAAGCACCUACAAGGAGCGUUAUCUUUUUGUAUACAGGGCCAAAAAGGUGUCUGCAGUUUCCAGCUUUCAAUAUGAUGACGGAUGUGAGAGUUGUGGUACUGACACCUUUAAUAGGGAGCCCUUUGUUGUAAAGUUUGCAUCACCUUUUUCAGCCAUUUCAGAGUUUGCCAUUAUACCUCAGCAUACCUCUCCUGAUGAGGCAGUGAAAGAGAUCGAUGCCCUUUAUGAUGUCUGCAGAGAGACAACAUCCCAGUGGAAAUCAGACAACAUUCUUUUGAUGGGGGACUUCAAUGCUGAUUGCUCAUACGUGAGACCUUCUGACUGGUCCAAAAUUCGUCUGCGCAGCAACUUGCAGUUUGAAUGGCUCAUCUCUGACAGCAUUGACACAACUGUUACUAAUACCAACUGUGCUUAUGACCGAAUUGUUGCUCAUGGGUUAGCAAUGCAGAAUGCUGUUGUUCCUGGAUCUGCGAACAUUUACAACUUUCAAAGUGCCUUGCAACUUAGCAGUGCUACAGCACUUGCUGUUAGUGACCAUUUUCCUGUGGAAGUUGAACUUCGGAACCCAUGAAGACAAAAAUUAUAAAACAUUUUAUUCAUGA